UCCCUGCCUCUGCCUUACUCUGGAGAGAAGCAUUCUUCUUCCUGCUCUCUGAGCUUUCUGUUGCUUCCCCGCCCAUCCGUGCUGUCAGCAGCGCCAGCAAAGUUGGCUUCAAACUUGAACGGAGCUGAAGGCUUCAUCUUCCUGGGAGCUCUUCAGGGGCAGCAGCAGGCCCCCGCCUUUGUACCACACUGGCUUCCCGAAGCCCCCGCUGAUCCUGCCAGUGCCCAGCCGGCCUGCUGUCUCCUGGCCAGUGCUUCUGCCCCUGCCUCAGGGGCCCCAGGUCUGGGCUGGGGAAUGGUGCACUGAGAUCCACCUGGAGCCCUUUGCCCCAGCGUGGAGCCAGAGCAGCCCAAGGCCCAGGUCAACAUGGCUAACCCCACGCAACCUCAGUUUUCCCAGGCACAGGGUCUGGGCUCCACCUCAUCACAGAACCUGCCUGAGAUGGAGAAGCUCCUCACCAACGUGGAGGGCAAGGAUGACAAAGCCCUGAAUCUGUCCAAGUCCCUCUCUGGGGCUAUGGACCUGGAGAAGAAUGGCCACAGUCUGCCCUUCAAGGUGAUCCCCGAGGUGCACCGGGAGGCCUCGAUGCCCGGCUCCCCUUCCCGGGCCAGCUCAAGGCGGGCAUCCUCCAUCGCCACCACUUCCUUCGCUCAGGACCAAGAAGCCCCCAAAGAUUACCUCGUCCUUGCCAUUGCCUCUUGUUUCUGCCCUGUGUGGCCCCUCAACCUCAUCCCCCUCAUCUUUUCUAUUAUGUCUCGAAGCAGCAUGCAGCAUGGGGACAUGGAUGGGGCCCGGAGGCUGGGCCGCCUGGCCCGGCUGCUCAGCAUCAGCUUCAUCAUCCUGGGGAUCGUCAUCAUCAUCGUGGCUAUCAACUUCCUAGUUCCGAAACACAAGUAACCAGGAAGCUGUGCUAGUAGAGGCGGAUGCUGGCUAGCUGGAGAGCCCUGAACUCACACACCCUACACACCACGAGAGGACAGGAUGGUGACUGCCUAGUGCCCAUCUCUCUCCCCAGCUCCAAAAGCACAAACUUGGAGGGCAACUCCCAAGUCAUCCCACUGUCAGCCCACACCGGAUGAGAAAAUCUGGAGGAAGGAAAGAAGGGAAGAAGGAAGGAAAGAAAUUUGUGGUGGAACCAAUGAGUGAUGUAGGUUAAUCUCAUGGACACGUCCUGACAUUUCGGCCCCUAUGUUCUGGGUUAUUUCUCAUCCCUACAAUUUUCUGGACCUACCAAGCAGCAUAAACUGCCAGAAUGAGAAGAACCAGCCCCACAAAGAAGUCCAUCUCUGGUAGGAGAAGAAACAUCGCUGGACCUUCAUGUCUGUGGACCAGGAGCAAAGAUGCGGGAUUUCAUCUUUUGUAUUUUUCCUGAGGGGGAGAAAACAGACCAUUUGCAUGCUUUGUGCCACAUGCCUGCCGUGAUCCCAGCCGGAGCUUCCAGGCGAGGCUGCCCCUCAGUACCUGCCCUGGCUGCCCUCAGGCCUGUGGGGGAUGCAGAGAUGCCUGGGAAGAGGGAGCGGCUGCAAGUGCUUCCUCCAUCUCAAGGUGUGGCACUGAGAAGAGCGUUGGCGAGGACAGAUGCAGGGGCAGCGUGAUGCUCUUCCUGAACUUUUCAGCCUGAGGCCCUCUGCGGAGGACUCUGGUUGGCUUGUGUCUCCCAGGACCACUCAGCCUGCCUCUUGGGCUUCACCUGGGCUGCAGCCGGGGGCACUAACUGGGAACUCCCAAGACCUGACCGGAUCCAGGCCAGUCAGUGGCAAAGGGUGGGAGUGGGGAUGUAGCUCAGUGGCACAGCGCCUGCCUGGCAAGCACAAGGUCCUGAGUUUGAUUUCUGGUACCAAAA